AUGGUGAGCAGAGGAUGUAAGCCUGAUAGUGAGUGUUACUUCACUCUGAUCUAUUACUUGUGUAAAGGUGGAGACUUUGAGACGGCGUUGAGUGUUUGUAAAGAGAGUAUGGAGAAGAAUUGGGUUCCGAGUUUUGGGAUCAUGAAGUCUCUUGUGAAUGGAUUAGCUAAAGCUUCCAAGGUUGAAGAAGCUAAAGAGCUUAUCAAGCAGGUUAAAGAGAAGUUCAGUAGAAAUGUUGAGUUGUGGAAUGAAGUUGAAGCUGCAUUGCCUCAAUAA